AAUUUGUAAUGAAAAGAAUCCUAACCGCUUGUUUGAUUCUCACUUUGGUGAUGCUAGUUCAGGCUCAGUACAACGAGGAUUUUGCAAAAGAAGUGUUUUAUAUUGCUCUUUUAGCAAACUGCAAAGCUGAUAAAGUCUUAGCUAAUGAUUGCGGCCCAGCUUCUAAAUUUGUAGUUAGUGAUUUUGGAAUGGAAGUUCUACAUGCUUGGAAGAAUGAGGAGGGUAUUAAUGGUCUUACUACUGUGAUUGUGAAGAAAGAGAAAGCGAAGACGAUUUAUGUUGGAUUAUCUGGGACUAAGCAUAUGGCACAGCUAGUUGCAGAUAUAGUCACUCCUGAUGCUGUUGAUUAUACUCUUCAUUCUGAAGCGAAGGGAGCCCAAGUUAUGAAAUAUUUUAAUGAUAAGUAUACCAAGAACUUCCGUGUGAAUCUAAUAGAUCAUAUUAAGGAAGUUCAGAAGGAGUACCCUAACUUUGAUAUUAUCUUCACUGGGCAUUCUUUGGGUGCAGGUAUGGCAACACUUGCAUUGGCUGACUAUUCACUUCUUGGUCUUGGUAAGGACAGAAAUGUAUAUGGAUAUACCUUUGGGCAACCAAGAGUUGCAAAUUACAAAUUAUUCGAUGCAUUUUUACCAAAGGUGCAAGGAUUCUACAGAGUUGUUCAUGAAAAUGAUAUUGUGGCUCAUGUUCCUCCAUGUAUUGUAGAUUCUGAUUUCAACUGUAAAAAAGAAGGAUUGUUGCCCAGAUUUUAUCCGUAUCACCCUCCUGAGGAAAUUUGGUAUAAUGAAGACUGGACUAAUUAUUCUACCUGUGAUAUUGACCUUGGUGAGGACCCUAAGUGCUCUGAUAAGGGUAUGAAUGACAGCUUAAGAGAUCAUGUAGAAUACUUCAAUGUUGCAGAUAUCGGAAUAUUCAUCGGUGGUGAUUAUUAA